CGGUCCAUGUCGGAUACCAAACAAAGUGCGUCACUCAUCCUCCAGUCAACUUACAGCUGGAAGGACAGGCAUUUGUUUUGGAAAUUUUAGCGAGCUACAUUUUUAUCACUGGUGAAACAUGGUGAAGAUCGCCUUUAACUCAGCUUUGGCGCAGAAGGCGCUGGGAAAGGAUGUCCUUGUCAACGACAAAGAUCCAGAGACUGCUUCGGUGUACCGUCAUGAGAGCUCCACAGGCCGCUGCCUACUCACCCUGCUCGGUCUUGCGUUCAUCCUGACCGGUCUCAUCGUUGGUGGAGCCUGUGUGUACCGUUACUUUACCCCAAAGAAGCUGUACCAUGGAGCCAUGCACUUCACCGAGAUGGACAACGAAGACAUCCGUGAGCCCUACUACCUGCCCCGCAUUGAUGAGGAGGUGGAGAUCCGUGAUAACGUGGCCAUCAUCAAUGUCCCCACACCCCACUUCAGCGAUGGGGACCCAGCUUACAUCCUGCAUGACUUCCAGCGGAAGCUGACAGCGUACCUGGAUCUGACCCUGCGCACCUGUUACAUCAUCCCGCUCAACACCUCCGUCGUCAUGCCGCCUCAGGAUCUCCUGGACCUCUUCAUGCAGCUGAUGGCCGGCUCCUACAAGACCUACCUGGUGCACGAGGACCUGGUGGUGACGGAGCGCAUCGAUGACCUCACUGACCUGGGUGUCUACAUCUACCGCCUGUGCGACGGCAAGGAGACCUACCGCAUGCAGCGCCGCUCUGAGAUCUACGGCAUCCAGAAACGGUCGGUGGAGAACUGUCGCACAAUUCGCCACUUUGAGAACAAGUUUGUGACCGUCACCAAGAUCUGCCAUGACUGAAGCGGUGGACACGCCUGCAGGAGGGGGUAGUGGAGGAGGGGAGGGGUGACUGCAAUUACCCCUCACCCCCCCCCCACCCCUCUCAGUGGCCCUGGUGUUUGGGAA